AUGGAUUUCUUGCAUUUAUUCAAGAAGGGGGCGGGGGCGCCCAAGGAGAAGAAGGACGUCGAAGAGGAAACCGUUCAAAAUGAGGGACCCGAGAACGAAGAGGAAGAGCAGGAGACCGAUGAGGAAUUAAUCAAGUCCGUCGAUGCGCGCUACUACACGCCGGACCUCGAUCCAGUCGAGGAGCUCUUCAACCAGCUGCCGCCCAACUUCGACGAGCAGUGGCUCACCAGGGAGAUCAAACGCAGGGAGCGGCAGCGAGAGCUUCUCGCCGCCUCCCUCGCCGACCGUGUCAUCAAAAGCUACGGCGCCUUUGUCCAGGGAAUGUCGCAGGUGCAGCAGGUGGGCUCCGACCUGCACCUGGCGGCGUUCCUGUGCAAGGCCGCCCGGCACAAGCUGGCCGCCAGCAAGAACGCUCUGGGAAGGACUUGCUUCUCCGUCCUCUCCAACUACCGACGCACUUGCAUCACCGAACAGGUGAUCGCAAAGCUGACUACGAUGCAAUCGAUCAUGGACGUGGAGAACCGAGCGCGCGAGGCGGCCGAUUCGGGCGACUUUGCGCGCGCGGUGGAGCUGUGCCUCGAGUGCCGACAGAAGACGAUCAACCUCUCGGCCUUCGUCGCCUCCCGGGGACUGGCCGGGCGCAUCCAGGCCGCCUACUCCUCCGUACAGAAGUCGCUCGACUCUGCCCUUGGCGACUCGUGCCGAGAGUUCGACGCCUCUCGCUACAAACCCGCCGUGCUGGCGUAUCGUCUCAUCGGCAAAGCCGAUCGCCUGCUGGAGCGGCUUCAGCGCCACUGGCUCGCCGCGCUUCACACCGAGUCUCUGGAUGCCCUCCAGCCCUAUAUUCCGGCCAAGGAGGGCCAAGCGCAGCGGACCGCGACGACAGCGGGAGAGGCGCAAGCCGCCAAUUUUCGCGAGCUGUGCAAGACUCUGUCGCAGGACAGCUUGCCGACGUGCCUCACGGACCUCCUGCACCGCCUCACCCUGCUCCUCUUCGCCAUGCACCGGAUGUGCCUCUGGCACAAAAACUAUCCCAUCGACGUCGACAACAGUUCCUAUCUUUCCGAAGUUCACAAUGGUCUCGAGCGGUUCCGGAAAACGCUGUGGACGGAGAUGCAGCGAAAGGUCUCGGCCCUGUUGGCCAUCGCCGACUUUGCCGCCCUUCAGCUGGACCAAUUUUUGCAGAUUUUGUCCGUUCUCGAACAGUUCGCGGAGAUCGGCGACUCGUUCAGCCAGAGCACAUCGCACGGCCUGCUGGCGUCGAUCAAGAAACAGAGCAAGGAAUUCUUCCUUCGCGAACACAAGCGGCGACUCGAGGACUUGCCCGCCAUUUUGGAAGCCGAGACGUGGAUCCGAAUGCCCGUCAACCCCAGCUUCAACGCCUUAGACAUCAAAGAGUUCAAGGAGUUCAUGACGAGAAGCGACAGCGGCAAGGCGGAAGCCAAGAACGCGGGCUUCGAGUGGUACGUCAACCACGGAAGCCCGUUCGCCGGCGUCAACAACGCUGCGGCCGGCGAUCAGUCCGACGCCGAAUCGAACGGUGCUGACGUCUCCCACAACGGCGAGCCCGAUUUGAGUCGAGAUGACGAGGCGGUGAACCCGGCGCUCUAUGCGUCGUACGUGGACGAGGGCGACGGCGCGGCGGCGGCGGCGGCGGAGCUGGACCGGCUACCGACUCCGGGCGAAGAGGGUCCAGUCAUGGCCUCCUCCGGCCUUCGCUUCCUGCAGUACAUCGGCAAAUACCUCCAGCUUAUGUUCCUGCUGCGUCCCAUCUCGUUCGAGAUAUUCGUGGGCGUCACCCAUCUGUUCCAGUACUACGUCUACACCGUCUACUCGUUCUUCGGCAAGGAGAAGGAGGACCCCGACGCCACGGGCAACAACGGCAUCGUCUCCACCAUGUCCAUGGUCGCCGCCGGUGUGAUGGCGGCUACGGGCGGUGAUGCUGCGCAGGAGGUGGUGGUGGUGCCGCGCCACCUGCACCCCUACCUCGCCGCCUGUCUGUCCCGCAUCCGCGCGCAGCUCAUCCACGAGGCCAGUCAGGAGAAGCGCAAGUUCGCCAUCGACGAGGCGCAUCUGUCUGGAGGCGUGGACACGUCCGACGCCAAUGCUGCGGCGCUGGCCGAGAGGGUGGUCGCUGCCGAGACGCUCUCCUUCAUGUACAGCGCACUCAUCGCCGUCAAGAAUCGUCUGCAGAGCCAGCUGCCCAAGGCGCGAGAGCAGUACUGCGUCAAGUUCUACGAGCAGACGGUCGAGAUGCUGCCGCACCUGCAGACGGGCAUCUACAAGUGCGCCGCCACCCACAUGCUCCGCUACGAGGGCUUCCCGACCAAGAUCGCCAGCUGCAAGUGGGACAUCAAAGACCUGGGCAUGGACCACAACUCCUACGUCGACCCCAUGGUCAAAGAAUUCCAACGAUUCAAGGCACAGCUGGAGGGCGUGCGCAAGAGAGGCGGCCUUCCGGGCGGCACCUACAACGCGAUGCUGCAGGCGGCGUGCGGGCACGUGGUGGACGUCCUCAUCGACGGCUUCUCGCGCGUGCGCAAGUGUUCGUUCGAAGGCCGCGGUCUCAUGAAGCUCGACUUCCAGACCCUGCAGUCGAGCUUGAAGAAGAUGCUCGCCCUCAAGGCGAUUCCCGAGGCCGAGCGUUUGGACGCCUUCAUCAGCGCCUUCUACGAGCCGGAGGCGGGUCUGCCCCAGUGGUUCCGAACGCACUACGGCGACUACACCCACAAGCAGCUGCUGGGCCUGGUCAACUCCCUGCCCAUCAAGCGCAAGCAGCGGUCCGAGAUCCUCCAGGUGCUCAGCGAUCUCGAGAAGGAGCGAAGGACCACCCAGCCCACCGCCUGA